AUGGUCAAGGUCAAUCCUGGUCCCAGUCCUGGUCCUAUUCUUCGCCCUAGUCUUGGUCAAAAUCCUGGUCCUAGUUCUGAUCCCAGUCUUGAUCCUAGUCCUGGUCCCAGUACUGGUCCUAGUCCUAAUCAUAUUCCUGAUCCCAGUCUUGGUUCAUGUUCUGGUCUUGGUCUUGUUCCUAGUCCUGGUCAUAAUCCUGGUUCUAGUCCUGGUUAUAAUCCUGGUCCUAGUCCUGGUCCUCGUUCUGGUCCUGGUCCUGCUCUUGUUCUUACUCCUAGUCCUAGAAGCGGUAGUGGACCAAAUCCUGGUCCUAGUCCUGAUCCUAAUCCUGGUCCUAGUCCUGGUCCUAGUCCUGGUCCUAGUCCUGGUCCUAGUCCUGGUCUUAUUUCUGGUCCUAGUUCUGGUCCUAGUCCUGGUCCUAGUCCUGGUUCUAGUCCUGGCCCUAGUCCUGGUGAUAGUCGUGGUUCUAUUUCUGGUCCUAGUGCUGGUCCUAGUUCAUCUUCCUCUUAG